AUGAGCUGUGUCCUUCUCUUCGGGCUUUUCCUACUUCUGGGCCUGGUAAUACCUUCACAGGGCAGCCGCCUGGGGCCUACAUCUCCCCUGCGCUAUUCCAGGUUCCUAGAUUCUUCCAAUACAAUUUUCCUGCGCUGGGACUUUGAUCUUCAGACUGAGAUCAUCACUUUUGAGCUCCAAGUCCAGACAGCUGGUUGGGUGGGCCUGGGCAUUACCAAUCGUUACACCAAUGUGGGAGGCGAUCUGGUGGUCGGAGGAGUCCUGCCCGAUGGCAAAGUCUACUUCUCGGAUCAGCACCUUGUAGAUGAAGACACCCUAGAGGAGGAUGGGAGCCAGGAUGCUGAGCUCCUGGGGCUGACAGAAGACGGCCUCCACACCACCAUGCGCUUCUCCAGACCCUUCCGCUCCUGCGACCCUCAGGAUCAAGAUAUUACGAGCGACACCAUGAGAGUCCUGACCGCCUACGGCCUGGAUGACACACCCAAGCUUCACCGGAAGCGAACCUUCGUCAAGUCCAUUUUCCUGCUGCAAAUAUUCUAUCAUGAUGACACAGAUGCUCCCGAAGAUGCCAUCAUCUAUGACCUGGAAAUCACAGAUUUCCUCAUUCCAGAGGCAGACACCACAUAUGCCUGCACCUUUCUUCCUCUCCCCAUCGUCAGCAAGAAGCAUCACAUCUACAAGUUCGAGCCCAAGUUGCUGGCCCACAAUGAGACGAUGGUGCACCACAUCUUGGUGUACGCCUGUGGCAAUGCCAGCACACUCCCCACGGGCAUCGAUGAAUGCUAUGGGUUUGAUGCCGCCUUCUCCCUCUGCUCCCAAGUCAUCAUGGGCUGGGCUGUUGGGGGCCCUAGCUACCAGCUUCCUGAUGAGGUUGGCAUCUCUAUUGGGACCCCCUUGGAUCCUCAGUGGAUCCGACUGGAGAUUCACUACAGCAACUUUCACAACCUUCCUGGUAUCUAUGACUCUUCAGGGAUACGUUUAUACUACACCUCUCACCUGCGUAAAUACGACCUAGGAAUCCUGGAGCUGGGCGUCUUAACUUUUCCCAUCCACUUCAUUCCACCGGGUGCUGAAUCCUUCAAGUCCUAUGGGCUGUGUAAGACAGACAAGUUUGAAGAGAUGAACGGAGCUCCAGUAAGUGACAUGAUCGUAGCAAGCUACCUCCUCCACACUCACUUGGCUGGACGGGCUCUGCGGGCUGUGCAGUACAGAAAUGGAAAACAACUCCGGACAAUCUGUAAAGAUGAUUCCUACGACUUCAGUCUGCAGGAGACACGAGAUUUACCUCAUCUUGUGGACAUCAAGCCGGGAGAUGAGCUGCUGGUAGAGUGUAACUACCAGACACUGGAUCGGGACUCCACAACGUUUGGAGGCAUCAGCACCAUUAAUGAGAUGUGCCUCAUCUUUCUCUUCUACUAUCCGAGAAAUAACAUCUCCAGCUGCCUAGGCUUCCCUGACAUCAUCUAUGUGGCCAACGAGCUGGGGGAGGAGGCGUCAGAGUACAUGGAGAACCUGAUCGUCUUGGAAAAUAUCGAUUGGACUCCAGAGAACAUAAGGAAGGCCGAGAAAGCCUGCAAAGAGGCCCGGCAGACGGUGAUGAUCAAAACCAUCAAUGAGCUGAUUGAAAACACCACAGGAUGGAUUCCUGACAUCACUCCUGCUCCUCGAGGGCCCUGCUUGGAGUCUUCUGGAGGCAAAGUCGAGCCUCAGGACAAGAACCCUGCAGGAUUCAGGGCGGCACCCGUGGCCCCCCCACAUUCCAACAUGGCCACCCCCGCAGCCUUUCCUCUGGCUGUCCUCUUGUGGCUCCACGGUGCCCUCUUGUGGCUCUUGGUCAUCCUCUAGACUGGAGCAUGAUGCUGUCUCCCCUGCCCCAUCCUCAGAGCUCUGUCUCUCCGCCCUCCCUGAUUCUCAGCACACAGAGAAGAAAGAUGUCCCCCACGGGUGCCGUGACCCAAGCGGCAGCAAGCUCUAAAGCAUCGUGCACAACUCCAUCUGCAAGUCAUCUUUUUAAUGCUUUAAAACGAUGUGUUCUGGCAAUCUCUGGCUCCAAGGCUGGAUGUGAAAUGAUGGAUCCAUUCUCUGAGAAGUCGGUGACUGAACUCCAUCCAGAAUCACGAGUUGGGGUGGGCUUAAGUGCAGAAAGAGCCAAGCAACCUUCUGCCCCAGCAUAUCUCCAUGACCGCUAAUUCCUCCUUUCUAAUGACUUGUUUCUGCCCUCUCUGUGGCGCAGUGGCAGUAAGCCACAGACGUGGUGAGCUAGAGGUGAUCUGUGGUAAAGGGAAGGGCUCCGUGUAUCAGAACAAAGUUCCAGGCCUCACAUUAAAUAUAACUCCACUUGC